CGUUGGCUCGUGCCUUAAAAUCGAACAGAUUAACCUAGCAAGCCAACGUUGCCAGACCUUCCUCGCGGACGGAGUCUUCUCCUCCGACUCACUUUGUAUCGUAGUUCUGCAAUCGAGCUCCGAUUUGUUUGAGAAGCGCCGGUGCUUCUAUGGCUCACGGCGGCUUCGCCCAGAGCCGCGUGGAGGAACGGCGGCAGCUUGGUUGUCGACCGAAGGGCUUGGGGGUGGAUAAGAAGAAGAAGAAGAAGGAUUCUAUUUCUCUUAAGAACCAGAUACGAUCCACGGAGCGUUUUCUUCGCAAGGACCUCCCCCGUGAAAUUAGGUUAUUCCAGCAGCAGAAGUUGGAGGAUCUUAAGAAGCAACAAGAGACAAAAGCUCAGUUGGCUGUCGAGCGCAAAAUACUUUUGAGGGAUAAAAAGAUAAAGUUUUUUGAGAGAAGAAAAGUUGAGAGAAUGAUAAGGCGCUUGGAGAAGCAGCAACGUGUAUUAUCUGAGAAAGCAUCAGAAGAAAGGGUGUCGGACCAGCUUGCAAAAUUUAGGGAGGAUCUGGAAUACAUCAGGUUCUUUCCUAAGACAGAGAGAUACGUUUCAUUGUUUGUUGGAGGAGAAAAUCCAAAAAUUAUUGAUAAGAGAAAUAAACUACGCAAACAAAUCAAGGACAACCUAGUGGCUGCCGCUGCCAGUGGAAAAGAUUUAGAAGAAACAGGCAGUGAUGAUGAUGUGCAAGAUAUGAGUGAGGAUGAUUUUUUUUCGGUUGGCAGUUCAAGUGAUGAGGGGGAGGCAGAUGAUGAAUGGACGGACAAAAGCACCAGAGAGACAACUUCUUGUGCAUCUGGUAAAGCAACAUCUAGUAUGUCCAGUGAUGAAAGAAAUCAGAGAAGUAUAUCUGAGCGAAUCCUUAGCCGACCACCUCAUUCAUUGCCACCCAGUAGAUUUCGUUCUGAAGAAAAGACUAGACUGUCAACAUUCAGUAGUGCUCCCCAUAAGAGAAGCAGAACCAUCUAUAGAGGUCAUAGAUUGUUAAAUGCUGACCAAACUAGCAAUCUGAGUUCAAAUUCUGAUGUUCAUAAAGCUCGUCGGAAAAGACGGCCCAAAAAGAAAAAGCAGGUGCAACUUUUAUGCUUUUUUCUUUUUUAUUUCAUCUCUAUAUCAGUAAUAAUGUGAUGCUCAUUUCCUUGUUU